AUGAGGAUGGCUGUUCCCAACACCUACGGGCUGAUUUUUGCCUGCACCUGUGGAGUGAUCCUGGGCAUCGGGUUCUGUGCCAACCUGCUCGUCUUCUCUUUGUUUGCCAAGUAUAACACCUUGCGUAAGAACCGCCUGGACAUCCUCCUGCUCAGCAUGACUCUGGCCGACUUCCUCACCCUGCUGCUCAUCCCCUUCACCCUGCACUCCGCCGUAAGCUACUCCUGGCCUCUGGGCAACACCUCCUGCAAGAUCUACCAAUUCCUCCUGGCUUUCAGUUUGGCGGCCAGCACCUAUUCUCUGUGCGCAGUGUCCAUGACCCGUGCCAUGAUCAUCACCAACCCGUACCAGCCUCCUACCAUGGACCUGGUCAUUCUCAUGUUUGUCCUGGUCUGGGCCCUCAGCUUCUUCAUCAGUCUGCCGCUGCGCAUGUUUGCCACUAAGGAGAGCCUGGGCCCCAGCCUGGCAAACUUCACCUUCUGCCUCCCAACCAUCCACGAGCACCACUACCAAGUCGUCCUGAGUCAGUUUGUACUCUACUAUUUUGUUCCAAUGCUGGUCAUCGCCUUCAACUAUGUCCGCCUGGCUGUUUUUCUCCACAAGAGCCCUGUUAUGUCGGUGGCCAGUGCCAGAAAUACCCGCCGUGCGUCCGUAAUGGUGUUCUUGGCUGCUGCUACCUUCUCUGUGUGCUGGCUGCCUGGUUAUGUGCUGGAGCUGUGUGUAUACCUGGGGCUGUAUCGCCAUGGCCAGGCCUGGGAGAUGUUCUACUUUGUGUGCACUGUGCUGCAGUACCUUCACCCCUGCGUCAACCCAGUGCUCUAUGUGCUGCUGUCCAAGCGCUACCGCCACAGGAGGGCAGCGUGGCUCUUCAGCUGUAACAGGAACAGGGUGCACCCACAAGUCAUCAGCGUCACCACAGACAGCAUUUAG